UUUUUUCGUGCGUUCAAUGCAACUUUCUAUUUUAUAUUAUGAAUGCAUAUAUUCUUCCUGCUUUCCUCAGUCUUAAUUUUCUAGUAAUUUGCGGCAUUAAUUUUUAUAGUCCAUUUUUAUUCGAUUCAGAUUAUGCGAAAAAUCUUUAAAGACUCUAGCGAAUCGAUCGUAAAAGAAGUUUGUAUUUUGUCACGUUAGACGAUUUUUUUUUCUCCAAGAAAACGGUAAAAUCAACAGAUUGUAUUGCAAUGAUGUAUAUGCGGGUGUACCGCUAAUAGCAUAAAUGAGUCCGAUAAGAGACUCCGCGCGAUACGAACCGGGCCUUUCCGAGCGGAAUCGAUCAACCACGUCACGGUCCAAUGUUUUUACAUUCGCCGUAAACCUCAUUUAUUCGAAUCAUUUCUCUAUAAUCACGUUUGUAAAUAUAUGUAUAUGUGUAGCGCGUUGGCUUAUAUACCUGUAGCGGAAUUUCGAUAUUGUCGGUGCUCAAUUUCAUGAAUAUCGCGUGCCGCCUCGGGCAUUCAUUGACAUAUAUAGUCGUAGCUUUUAUUGCUGUAAAUACACAGAAACCUUUACGACUUGUAUACUCCGUCAAGAUAAAUAUUUCUCGGUUCUCUUACGUUGUCGGGAUGUCAUUUAGAUGGUGUUAUGCAAGGGGGAACUUGUAGGCAUAAAAAACGUCUCUCCCUGAUAGGUCGUAGGGGAGAAGCUCGACUUAAACUGAAUAAUGAAACGAUUAAUCAGAGUCUAAAGCAAGAUUGACGCGUUGUAAAUAUUGGACAAGUAAGCUAUAGUUCGUCAAAUCUUCAGUAACUUCGCGAAUAUAUAUACAGAAUCACGUGCUUUGUUUUCAUCAUUAAACCAAAGAAUUUUACCGUCUAAAAGAGACGCGCGCGAUGGCGCCAGGUAGAACAUAAUGGCAUAAUGACGUCACUUAAGUCAUUUUGGAAAACAAAAUUUUGAGAAUUAUAUAAAGCGAUUAUAUAUCUUAUAUUAGGGAGCUUUUAAAUCUAUAAUUCCUUUUGUCAACUUUAAAUAAUUUUUUUAUCAUUUUUGUCAAGAUAACUUUUAAGUGAUGAAUAAAAUUAUUAUGACGUCAUGAAUGUUAUAUUCUACCUGGGGAUAUAUAUACACAACAUUUAAACGUAAUAAAAUUUAAUCAAAUAUAUGACAUCUUUUAACAAAAUAUUAUCGAUGUCGCGUCCGCACAUUCAUCUAUCUGCGUUUUCAUCAUCGAUCUUAACAUAGCAUUAAAAUAUAAUCCAUUAACACGCCAUUAAGGUAUAAAAAUAAUUAAUCGAUCGCGGCGCGAAAGCGCGCGCAAACUUUUCUCCCGCCACGAGACUUUAUCUUUUCAUACGAAAGAAGAAGAUAGUUUGGGGUAAUAAUUUAUUUUUGCAAUAUAUCUUGCGUCCAGGCACUUGUAUAUGCGACGCUAUCGCUCGCUGUAAAGUAUAAGACGAUUCUCGCCAAAGUGCGAGGCGGGGGAUGGACGGGGGUGGUCGAUAUUAACUCCGCGAAGCACCUUACCUCGCGGAGAACCGCGGUGGCUGAAGUUAGUCACAUGCCGGCCGCGGUCGAGUGUACUCGCUUAUUUGUACUGGAGCGUCUCUCCGCUGCUUCAUCUAAACAUCGAUGAGCGAUCAGGCGUCGUCGGAUUCGCGAUCGCGGGAGAUGAUGAGGGAUAAUCGGUGGUUCCUGAAGGACGAGACGUAGGGGGAUAUGUCCGGCUGCUUGUCGUCAUCUAUGACAGGCUCGACAGAUGCGGGGCCGCUGCAGCCCCAGGAAGAUCCCGUGCCGCCAUCGACUUACGACCUUAGACCCUUGUCCGAGGGCGAUGGCUCGUCGGCGAGGCGAGGCUGUCGUCAUCGUCAUCAGUUACGACGUCGGAUGACGUCCGCUCCGCCGUCCGGACAAACGAUACAGCUGACUCCACUCUGGGAACACGUAGUGCGAACGCGUAGGUUUCCAUCCGAGAUCGACACUCAGGCCACCUUCAUUGAGAUCUCCGAGAGACUUCGAGACCCGGAAUGGGAGGUGCGCCAGCACGCUCUGCGAGUGCUAAUGGACGUUCUACCGACGCUGAAUGCCGAUGUCGUUGACAAGGUCAUGCAACCGGUGGUGCCGGAGCUGAUCAAUAAUUUGGGGCAUCCAGCGCCGGCGGUACGCAAGGGCGCCUUGGACGCGCUGCGGGUCUACCUCAUUCACCCCAACAAAGACAGCGUGGUCAAAAACAUCCUUCACGACGGCUUGAAUCGACCGGACGCUCACAAUCCAUUUCAGACGAACGUGACAACGGGGGUGAUUCUGAGUGCUCCGCUGCUGCUUUUUCCAUCCUCCGACAGUCCUCCACCGACCACGCAGAUCCUGAAAGACGCCACGAUCGCCUUUGCCGCACGACUGGUCCAGGUACCGCACCAGGAGGCCGUUCUCAAAUCCCUCAUGAAGAUUCGCGAUGAGGUCGGCGACGAAGAAUUCGAGAGCUACCUGGCGGAUUACGACGACAAGCUGAAAAAGAACAUCGACGUUCUCUCCAAGAUUUACAACAUCAAGCCAACGACCAAGAAGAAGCGAGAGAGAAAUCGCGCGCGGGAUAUCGUCAAACCCGACACGAAGGAACGUACCUUGGACAAGAGCUGGGACAGCGACAGCGACACUUCCGGUAUUGCUGAAGAAGAGGAUGAAGGCGCGAUACCACCAGCGAGAGUUGUUCUGGAGACCGAGAUCAAGUUCAACGAAGAGACGGCCAUCACGAUGACGAUCCUGGAGGAAAAGGAGGAGGAUGAGAGCGGGAAUUCGGCCUCCUCGGAUAAACGGAAGACGCCGAGACGCGUCCGCUUCGGCGGCGAGAUCGUCAAGUUGAGGACACCCGACAGCGACGAGACGGAAUCGAUCGAGAUAACACCUAAGACGAGGAUCCCGCUUCCUGUAUCGCCAGCUACCAAGAUGCCGGAAACGACGAAUCGGAGACGACCAUCGUCGCAGCCCUGUAGUCCCUACGCGGGAGAGAAACGAAGAUCGAAGAGGGUUUCCAGGUCGGCAUCCAGCAGCCCCAAGAGAGAAUACACUCACAACGCGCAACUGAGUCCUAAGAAGAGUAUCCUCACACGAACGGACGGUCCUCUCAUCGUUAUCGAUUCUACGGAAGAAGCUAAGAGAAAAAAAGAUAGGAAAAGCGGCGAAGCAGUUUUGGAGGAUAAAGCUUUUUCCAAGGUGAAUGAUAGUUCGAAAGAAGUUAACGAGACGUCGAGGAAGGAAGACGCUGCUUUAGCUCAAACAACUUUGUAUUCAGCGAAUAAAGAGGAUAAACUGAUCAAGGAUAAUGAAAAUAACGUGUCCAAGGCAGCUCAAGUUGCAACCCCGAAGAAUGCAUCAUUAAGGGGAGAACAAACGAUCCUUGAAGGAAAUCACGUGAUCGAUGAAAGCGUUUCCGAAACCGCCUCGCGACGAGAGAAGACUUCAUCGCCGACAAAGCUGUUGAAUCCAAGUCGUUCGAAGACGACUGAAGAAAAUAAGGACGACGAAAUGGAGAGAGGACGCUCGAAUGAAGACGUUCGGAAGGCAUCGAUCGAGCAGAGCAAUUUUACCCGCGAUUUUUCCAACAAUCUGCCAUUCGGGUCGCCGAUUAACGGCGAAUGCGAGGCGCGAAUAGAUCGCCUGGUUGGCGGCGAUUUCGUCGACGACGAACGGGAGGACGUGCGCAUUUUCGACGACGGCGAAGGACGAAGGGGACGAAGCGGUCAAUGCUCCGGCGACCGGAAGAGCGCGUCGGAGGGGAACGGAAGUGUCACUUGCAGCAGCAGCGAGGGCGAGGGAAAACCGCGAGAACCUAGCUGGGAGGAAUUAGGGUUGGUCGGUCAAGAGGUGCUGGACGAUCUGCACAAUAAGGGCAGGGUAACGCUCGGCUUCUGGGACUCGCGGCGAGGAUUAACAUGCUCAUUCGGGGGACCCUUGACUUUAGGACAGGUCGCCGGUCCGAUACAUUAG